CCUUGCACACCACCCUAGACAAAGUCACAGCACAUAAUAAAAUACUGUUGGUAGUUUUUAUUUAACAUGUUUUAACAUUUGUACCGUAAAUGCAUUAGAGCAUAUAAAGAAUAUGGGAAGUUGUGCAUGAGCAAAUUCUUCAGACACCUGUCUCCAGGACCAGGAGCUGGCCGCUAUGGACUCCCUCCCACCAUUGGGUUUAUUGGCCAUGACUUCACAAAACAAACCAGCCCGGCCUACUCGUUCCAUGGCAGGAUCUGUCAUAAGAUGCUCUCUGUUGACUCCAGUCCGGGGCCUCUGUAUCGUGUUGAUGCAAAAAUCACUCGCUUUGGGAAAGAUGGCACACCUGCAUAUUCAAUGUUGGGCAGAAUGAAAGCACAGAUAGAAGAGUUAUUCAGUACACCUGGACCCGGUGCAUACAGUCCUGAGAAAGCUCCACCCUGCAACCUGCAGCGCAGACCUCCCUCCUACACGAUGGGCUCUCGCACCCGCUACUGCGGCGUGGACACGGUCCCUGCUCCCAACAAGUACAGCCUGCCUCCACUCCUGGGCCCUCAUGUCCCCAACAAGAGAGCCAGCGCAAGUUACACCAUGCCGCGUACUUUCAGCACCGGGGGACCAUCUGUGGAUCUAGCCAAGACGCCCGGGCCCUGCAGGUACAACAGUACGGACCCAAGUGUUUAUCUGCCCCGGCAGCCUGCGUUUUCCAUGUUGGCACGUCACAACUUACCUAAAGACAAGACCGAAAAACCCGGGCCUGGGACUUAUAAUCCUGAGAACGUCAUGGCUCACAAGACCAGAGCUCCAGCAUACUCCAUGGGCGUCAGACACUCGGAAUUUGUCACGCCACUAGUGGUCGCUUUUUCUGACUAAAAUUAAAGAGUCAAACGAAAAUA